AUGGCCCGUACACAGUCUAGAGACCUGGAGGCUGAGGAUGCUACCUAUACUCUCACGUCACCCAUCUUGGAGCCCAGCUCGCCCCUUUCUAAGCCCGGGUCGUCGUUUUCAGAGCCCAACUUGCCCGACCUAGAUUCAAACACCACAACAUGUACCAAAAAGUCCAGGAAGAGAUCCAGCCCAGAGGCUCAAGAUCAGAAGCCCGCAAAGAAGAUCAAGUCGGAGCAAAAUCCACUGGUCACAUCUCCCCCGGAAACCUCCCAGUGGCACACCAGUGAUGACGCCCUGGACUCCGAGGAGGAUCUCCAUUCCACUGUCAAAUCAUUCGGUCAGGACACCUUCAUGAGUCAAUGGGAAGCCGAUGAGUCGGAGGAUAUGCUGGAGUUUUACCUGGCGUAUCCUCACAACCGCAACGCCACCCUCUGCGAGUACCACUUCCUCCAGCUUUCGGAGAAAUGGUACGAGCGACGCAAGCCAGGGGUUGAAAGUGCCCUUGAAAAGAUGUUUGAGACGUCAUUUGGCUGCAGGGACUCGCCCGACUUUUCACCGCUCGGGCUUCCAAUCGAUCAAGACACUUGGGAUCUCAAGACGUUGAACGAAUUUAUGGGAGAUGUUUCGCGACAGAUCGAACAGGCCAAGCUUCGACUAGAUCAGGAGCAUAAUCUAAUCUCAUUUACGACAGCCCAUACACCUAUAUGUGAGGUUGGACCCAGGGAUAAGCAUUUGAGGUGCACCCUGUGUCCUGAAGAUGACGAGAAACCCGUCCCGGUUGAGCAUAUGAGUGUUGUCCCUGAAGAGUGCGAUGCCGAGAUCGCCAAGUGGGUACAAGAGAGAAGAGAGCAGUGGGAACAAGACGUCCUCGCAUGUGGCCAUACCUCACCUAUCAUGAUCUUGGGCGGCGGCAAGAAUCCAGAUAUUCUUGAAUGCGAAGAGUGUGAGCACACUCAGCCAGCCGACAGCGAUGCCUGUCCAAGCAAAUACGAGUUGCGAAUAGCUACCAUUCGUAUUCCCGUCGAGGUCUCUCCCUCUCACAUGGCCAUGAACAACCGGCUCGGCCACGGCGACGUUGGGGGCAUACACUUUGUUGUUGAUACUUGCACCGGCAAGACCCUGAUCAAGUUCCGGUGA